GUGCACUUCGCUCCAGACUACAUUAUAUUUUUUUGGCGUCGUCUUCGUCCAGCGAGCGUGCUAAUCGAAAUAUUAAAGCGGAGAAUAGCUUUCUGGAAUAGUUCCACCUCCUUUUCGCGACAAUGAGAGACUCGGCGGCACAUGCGAGUCCGGCGGCGGCGCCAGCGACCACGCAGAAGUGGAUCGUUUGCCGGGUUUGCCUGCAGCAGCCCAAGGAGCCCAUGGCCUGCAUUUUUAACGACGAUUCGGAGAAGGAUUUGACCAACAUGAUUCGCGAGUGCGGCGGAGUGCCCAUCAAACAGUUCGAUCAUUAUCCGGACAAGAUAUGCGAGAAAUGCUUCAGGGUGCUGAAAAUGGCAUUCAAGUUCAGAGAGACCUGCCAAAGAUCGUACGGCCAUUUGCGGCAGUUCGUUGGUCCCGUGGAGGUGGAGCAGCGAACACCCGAGAAGAAAAGUGCCGAGCCAGCCACCAAGCUGGAGCAGGACCCCGAUCCCGAUGAGGCUGAGCAGGAGCCAGAACAUGAGGAGGAAGAAGAGGAGGUGGAUCUUGACGAAAGCCAAUACGCCGAGGCGGAGGAUGCCGCCGAAGCCCAGGGAGGUGUCUUUCACGACGAGCUGGAGGAUGGCAUCCUUGUGGAACUGGAAAAGGAUCGCAUUGUACAUGUGAAAAGCGAGCAAGUGGAGGAGGACGGCAUAAUCGAGGAGGUUUAUGACGUGUACGAAACCUACGAGGGCGACCUCAUCACCGAGCAGGGCUAUGAUCAUGAGAUGGCCGAUCAAUCCCUGUCCGAAUUAUCUGCCGAAAUCGAAUACUUGGAUCAGGUCGAACACGAUCAGUUGACCGAAAGUGCUCACGAGGAUGAUGCGGAUGGCGAUCUGAACUCAACGGAAGAAGAUUUCGUUCCCACAAAAAGUGUUCGCGCAUCCAUCAAUGCGCGAAAUGCCACUAAGCGGAGAGUGAAUCCCCGCAGGUCUGCUACUUCGACGACUUCGGUGGCUGUAGAAUCAGGAACCUCCAAGACAACUGCACGCAGCAAUCCGCUUAAGGUCAGGAGGGGAAACAGUGAUGCGGCUGGCAACAAAAUGGUCAUCAAAUCGGAGGAGGGAAUCUCCAUUGGCGAGGUGUUGGCGCGCAAGCAUUCCGGCAUCAAGACCAAGGGCGGCCACAAGAUCCUUGUAGGGGACAAGAAGGAGUUCAAAUACAUCUGCGAUGUCUGCGGCAACAUGUAUCCCUCCCAGAGUCGUCUUACCGAGCACAUCAAGGUCCACUCCGGCGUGAAGCCCCACGAGUGCGAGAUCUGUGGUCACUGUUUCGCCCAGGCUCAGCAAUUGGCGCGCCACAUGAACACCCACACUGGAAAUCGGCCGUACAAAUGCAGCUAUUGCCCGGCAGCCUUCGCCGACUUGUCCACUCGUAACAAGCACCACAGAAUUCACACCAACGAGCGUCCCUACGAAUGCGACGUUUGCCACAAGACAUUCACAUACACCAACACAUUGAAGUUCCACAAAAUGAUUCAUACGGGAGAGAAGCCGCACGUAUGCGAAGUGUGCGGCAAGGGUUUCCCGCAGGCGUACAAACUGCGCAACCACCGGAUAAUUCACGAGAGGCGCGGCCAAUCCACACGGGAAUCCGUCACGGGGCUGCUGCCCUACGACACGGCCAACAUCGUUGGCCUGGAGAUGUAAAUUUCGAGCGGGGGCUUCUCGUCGUCCCAAAGCGACACUUUAAACAGACACACGCGUGUAAUUACACAUCUAAGUAUAUUGAUGAAAUUUAAGUCUAGCCUAAUUAUGCGGAAAUAAAUUAAGAAUAGCUGCGCA